CUUAUGAUUUCGUUUGUUUUGACAAUGUAGUAGCGUGUGGUUCGUUCGCGUCUCGACCAUGUUGCAUGAUAAUACCGAACCGGUGUAUUUAAAGCGUCGGGAUUUUGCCGAGUCCGCGUACGGACAGCAGCAGCCUCAACCAAGUGCGUUGCAGUUAGCUGAUUCGGCGUUUAAUUCAAAAGACAACACAGAAAAAAAUACCAAACUUGAAAUACAAGACGAACUUGGCAUGCCGGUAAACUACGUAAGAAUUAAAGCCUUGGAAGAUGAUAUUCGGAUGAACAUAAUUAGCGAUGAAAAUUCAUUGCACAGAGCCAUCACUCCAGUUUUAAUUUUAGCGCAAAUUUGCGCUCUUCUACCGGUUCAAGGCAUUUUAGGAAAAAAUACUAGUUAUUUAGUUUUCAAUUGGUUCAGCUGUACAGUUAUUUAUGUCUUCAUUGUGAUAGCUGCGUCUCUCUUAAUUCUUUCAUUUUCUCUCAUCAAAAUAUAUAUGACUGGACUGACGUAUUACAGCACAGGAGAAAUUAUGUUUUUCGGAAGUUCACUGGUAAUUUAUAUUCUAUUUAUUCAUUUGGCAAGGGAAUGGCCAAAAGUUAUGGAAAAAUGGGAACUAAUGGAACGUGAAAUGAGACAAUUUGGUUAUCCUCCCAAAAUGGCUUUUAAGUUCAAAAUUCUUACAAGUAUUGUAAUGGUGCUUGCUAUAACUGAACACUCUGCUUCCGUUUUAACGGGAAUAAUGAAAGCAAUUCCUUGUUCGACGGGUGGACUUGAUAUUUUUCGAGCUUAUUUCUCCAUGUCUUUUCGACAAGUCUUUACAUUAAUUAAUUAUUCACUUGUAAUAGCAAUACCUUUGGGACUUUUUAAUUUUAUGCUUGCUUGUGCUUGGAAUUAUAUGGAUUUAUUUAUUAUCAUACUAUCAAGUGCUUUGGCCGAUAAAUUUAAGCAGCUUAAUCAAAAACUAGCCAGUGUCAAAGGAAAGGUACUUCCAAGUACGUAUUGGCGGAAGUCCAGAGAAACAUAUAACCUGUUAGCAUCGUUAACUAAAGACUUUGAUGAGUUUUUGUCACCAGUGAUAUUAUUAUCAUUUGCUAACAAUUUGUACUUUAUUUGCUUACAGCUUCUAAACAGUUUGAAACCAAUGCACGAUGUUUGGGAGGCUAUUUACUUCGUGUUUUCAUUUACAUAUUUGGUUGGAAGAACAUGUGCUGUAUCUUUAUACGCCGCUUCCAUAAACGAUCAAAGCAAAAAACCAAAAGCCAUCCUAUUUUCUGUGCCGACUGAAAGUUAUGGAGUAGAGGUAGCAAGAUUCUUAAUGCAAGUGACAUCUGAUGAAUUAGCAUUGACUGGAUGUAAUUUUUUUUCAGUAACUAGAACAUUAAUGUUGACGGUUGCUGGGACCAUAGUCACAUAUGAGAUCGUAUUAAUACAAUUCAACAGUGUGAAUAGUGAAGUUAAUGAUCAAAAUAAAACUAUUAUUUAUUAUCUAUCCCCCUUACCCCCCUAUUUGACCACCACUGUGGAUAUUGAACGAUUAAGACCUUGGCUAAUACAAUUACAACAACCCCGCACAUUCAAAAUCGGAAACGGCGUGUGUGAUGAGUUUAGUUGUGUUAUAGUGACGGCAUCAGUUUUAAUAUUUUUGAUUAUGUCUAACGAAAACAUUUUCCGGCCCGUUUAUCUCAAGGACAGGAAUUUCAUUGAAUCUGGAUAUGAACGGCAGUUUAAACAAAGUUCAUUAUCCGAUUCAGCGGCCCGUUCGAGUUAUAACAUGUUUAGUUUAAAAGAAAACAAGGGAAAUAUCGCGCUUGAAAUACAAGACGAUCUUGGGAUGCCUGUAAAUUACGUGAGAAUCAAAGCACUGGAAGACAGUAUAAGGAAGGACAUAAUUAGCGAUACAAAUUCAAUGCACAAAGCCAUCACUCCUGUACUUAUUUUAGCGCAAAUGUUCGCUAUUUUACCAGUUCAAGGCAUUAGAGGACAAAACACUAGUUAUUUAGUUUUCAAUUGGUUAACCUGGUCAGUUAUGUAUAGCUUUAUUGUAAUUGGGAUGUCUAUCUUGAUGGUUUCGUUUAUAAUCUUCGACUUGUAUAAUAAUGGACUGACAUACGACAUUACUGGUGAUAUAGUAUAUUUUGGAGGUUCACUAGCGGUUUAUAUAGUUUUUAUCCAUUUGGCAAGGGAAUGGCCAAAAGUUAUGGGAAGAUGGGAACUAAUGGAACGUGAAAUGAAACAAUAUGGAUACCCACUUAAUUUGGCUUUUAAGUUUAAAAUUUUAACAAGCAUCAUUAUUUUACUCUCAUCAAUUGAACACUUUGCUAGUAUUUUAACGGGAGUAUUAAGAGUUAUACCUUGCUCAUCGGAUGGACUAGAUAUUUUUCGAGCUUACUUAUUGACAUCGUUUAAAACGGUCUUUACGUCUAUAAACUACUCGCUCUUAGUAGCUAUACCGUUGAUGUUUUUUAAUUGUCUGUUUUCUUUUGUUUGGAAUUUUAUGGAUUUAUUCAUAAUCAUACUAGCUUGUGCUUUGACCAACAGAUUCAAGCAGCUAAAUCAAAAAUUGGCCAGUGUCAGGGGAAAAGUACUUCCAAGUAUGUAUUGGCGAAAAUCUAGAGAAACAUAUAAUAUUUUAGCGUCAUUAACUCACGACUUUGAUGAAUUUCUAUCACCAGUGAUUUUAUUAUCAUUCGGUCAUAAUUUGUACUUUAUUUGCUUACAACUUCUUAAUAGUUUGAAGCCUAUGCACAGUUCUUGGGAAGCUCUAUGUUUUGCAUUUUUAUUUACAUAUCUAGUUGGAAGAACAUGCGCAGUAUCUUUGUAUGUCGCAUCCAUUAAUGAUCAAAGCAAAAAACCAAAAGGUGUAUUAUUCUCUGUGCCAGCAGAGUGUUAUGGAGUCGAGGUAGAAAGAUUUUUAACACAAGUGUCUGCUGACGAAUUAUCAUUUACUGGUUGUAAUUUUUUUUCUGUCACUAGGACGUUUAUGCUAACGGUGGCUGGAACUAUAGUCACGUACGAGAUUGUAUUGAUACAAUUUAACAAUGUGGCUAGCGGAGUCGCUGAUCAAAAUAAUACUCUUAUUAAUAUUUGUCCGUAGUUAUUAAAUUAUGCAUAGAUUGGCUGGAAAA